AGAGUUUCCUGCAGACGUGCGCAAAGCAGCUCCUGAAAACACUGCAGACAUGCAGGCUCACUGCAAACCAGGUAUCAUUGUGGGAUUGCUGCUCUGGUGCUGUUCCUUGGCAGACAGUUCUUGUAAAGCUGGAUUCACCUUGUCAAAUGGUUCAUGUACUGCGCUCUGUACAGUCCCCUCCUGUGACACCACACAAUACCAUUUAGUGACAACUCCGAAGACCUGGACUGAAGCGCAGAACCAUUGCAGAAGCAAUUACACAGACCUGGUCACUGUGUACACCAAGGAAGAAGCAGAGCACCUGUACAAUAUAACGGAAAAUGCUUCGGCUGGACGCAUCUGGAUCGGGCUGCAUCGUGACAACUGGAAGACACCCUGGAAGUGGUCUGACGGAGGGAUUUCAUCAUUUCUGCACUGGCAAAAAGGGAGCCCAAGGAUGCGGGAAGAAGUGAAUGACGCCAACUGUGUAAUCAUGCUUUACUUAGUGAAGGGUCAAUGGGCAGAUGUGAAUUGCAGCAACCGCUUCCCCUUCUUUUGCUAUACAGACAUUGAUGAGUGCGCCCAAACCCCCUGGCUCUGUGGUCCGAAUGCACAAUGUACCAACACUGUCAGAAGCUACACCUGCUCCUGUAAUCCUGGAUUAUUUCCUAAUACUGGAUUGAGAUGGAUACUCAAUCAAACACGGUGUGAAGAUUUAACAAAGAUCCAAGAUGGGAAAACCUGCAAUAUUCCAAUUAAUACAGGGACAUUGAGUCACCUAAACAGUUCCUCUGCCUGGUUUUGUCUCAUCACUAACUUCAAUUCCACUAACUUUACAUCUGGAUAUCAGGUGCAGCAAGUGGCUGUUGUUUUAAGCUCUGCUCUGAAUGACACUUCCUUGUGGAGUAACCUGACCAGGGAUGAGAAGUCUGUUGCAGCUGAAGCAUACCUGGACACUGUAGAGAGGGCAGUGCUGCAGUUGACUGAGCCUUCAGAUGCUCUGUUAAGGAAAAAUGUGCGCUCAGACAAUCUAGAUAUGGAGUUGCUGAUUAUACCAUUCAAACACAACACAUCAGAGGAACAGUUACGAGCCAAUAAUAACACACUGGAGAUUAAGUUGGGAAAACUUAUGGAAGAGAAUAAGCAAGAUCAGAUAACAGUUGGGUUUGUCUCAUACACUGGGAUGGAGUCUAUCUUGGAGGGGAGCUUUUACAAGAAUGAAUCAUCUAUCCAGUUAAACUCACAAGUGGUCACUGCUACUAUAGGCAGAAACCACCACAAACUUUCAGAGCCAGUCCAUUUAACCUUCCAUCACAAUGAGUUAAGGAAAACCAAAGAGGAGACGAUAUGUGUCUACUGGAAAUACAAAGGAAAGGAAAGCUCUUGGUCCACCGAAGGCUGCACAAAGUUACACUCCAACCAAACACACACUGUGUGCAGCUGUGACCACCUCUCCAGCUUCGCUGUAUUAAUGGCACUAGACGAAUCACAGAUGCAAGAAAAUGUUGCCUUGACAGUGAUCAACUACAUUGCAGUGAUCGCAUCCCUGGUCUGCCUCAGCCUGGCUAUCUUUACAUUCAUAUUCUGCCGUUCAAUCCAGAAAGCCAACACCACCAUUCACCUGCACCUGAGUGUCUGUCUCUUCCUGGCUCACUUCCUGUUUCUAGUUGGGGUGUCCAGAACCGAAAAGAAGGUGCUGUGUGCAGUCAUAGCUGGGCUCCUGCACUACCUCUUCACGGCCAGUUUUGCCUGGAUGUGCCUGGAGGGAGUGCAGCUCUACCUGCUGGUGAGAAACCUGAAUGUGGUGAAGUACAGCAGCAGGCAGGGGCUGCGAAGGAGGUACCUGCUGCUGGCUGGGUACGGCUCUCCUGCUCUCAUCGUGGCUGUGUCUGCUGGAGUCUUUAAGGAGGGGUAUGGGACCGACACAUUUUGCUGGCUGAGUCAUGACAGAGGAUUUGUCUGGAGUUUUCUUGGUCCUGUUUGUGUCACAAUCGCUGUAAACACCAUUCUCUUCAUUGCAAUUCUCUGGACUUUAAGAUCGCAAAUGUGUGGCCUCAACACGGACGUGUCCAAAGUGAAAGACACCAGACUGCUGACUUUCAAAGCCAUUGCGCAUUGCUUCAUCAUGGGCUGUAGUUGGAUCCUGGGAUUCUUUCAAGGAUUGGAGUUCUUCAGAUUUGCGUUUGUCAUUAUUAACUCACUGCAGGGUCCCUUUAUUUUCCUGGUGCACUGUGUGCUAAACCAGCAGGUGAGAAUGGAGUACAGGAAAUGGUUUGGACGCAUCUACAAACAGAAGGACAGCUCAGAACUUACAUCUUCUACAGUUCCAAUGGAAAUCAUAACGAAUGAAACCACAGCAGAGAUCAAUAACUGCAGCUCUACGUGCAAAGGAGUACGUGUGCAAUGGAAUAAAGAAAGUCAAUAGACAUCACUGUUAAUGAAUGGGUGCCUAUGCGGUGGGAAAUUGCCCCCUCUGAAAUGCAACAUUUACAUUUUGGCAAAAAUCUAACUUAGGUUUUAUAUACUUCUGAUAGACAAAGAGAAUGAGAUGUGAUGCCUUUUAUUACACUAACUAAACAAAAAAAUAAUCACAAGCUUUCAAGACCUCAAAGGUCUCUUCUUCAGGUGGAAGCAGGAAAGGAUUUUUGAAAGCUUGUGAUUCAUUUUUGUUUAGUUAGUCCAUGUUACAAAGAUGGCAGUAGUGAUGACAUCAGAUCCGGAACAGAAACACAUGGAGUGAAUACGGGGUGAAGCUGAGUCGCAAUGGCUGCUCUCAGUAUUUAUUAAAGAAUAAACGGACGGUGAAACAAACACACAGACUUAACAAAACACAAAACAAAAGGGCACAAGGGCCAGAACAAAUAGACACACAAACAAACGGUGGACAAACACUAAACAAACAAGUAUCGUGCUGGUCUUCCAGCACGCUUAGCAUUUAUUUAUUGUUUAAUUAUUUUCUCCUUCUCUCUCCCGUUCUCCACUCCUGAACACACAACCCCGAGUGAGAGAAACGUGUACCUAUAUACACAGUUGUGCCAGGAUUCAAGUACUAAUUAAUUAUUCACUUGAAUCCCAGCACCUGAACUCAUUUGUGCACUCCCUGUGCUCACAUACGAAUACACAUUUUAUCUGCAUGUGAAGUGAUUGUGCAGUCCCUGUGCGUAAAUACAUAUUACAACACUUGUGCUACAUAGCCCAAUUUAUAUUCUGUGCACCACUAUAUCCACAUAUAACAGACAACAUGAAACACACCACAUAAAGCAUAAAACACAAAAUACACACAGGGGUGGGGCCACCCCACAACAGUCCAAUAAAAGGGAUUGCAUCUCCUUCUCUUUGUCUAUCCUCUCUGGACUAAUAUAACUACCAUUUCAUCUAUCAACGUAUAUUUCUGAAAAAUCAAAUAGUGUUUUUUGCCCAAAUCUGCAAUAUUUUUUACUUGUCUCUGUUUGGAACCAAGCUGAUUUUUUAAAGGUGGUAACAUAAGGUCACAUUGUGAUAAGUUGCCUAUCCACAAAAUGUGAAUGUCUCCAUUACAUGCCCACCUUCAUGGCACCGAUCCUUUGCAGGCUUUGGGUAAUUAUAGGCUUUACAUUCUAAAGCACUAAUAAUUCAUUAAGACACUUUAUUGUCAUUGUUUUUUAUUUAGCAAAUCACAAUUUUAGAGUUCAGCGCAGUGAUUGGCAGCAAUCUGAUUUUUCCAUUUCUUCCUCACAUAUACAUAGGGUCCAGGUAAGGGUAAGCCUGGCUUUUUAACAGCAUUGUUGAGCAUUCAUGCCUGCAAAACUCGUUGAAACAACUGGGUCAUUACUGAGCAUUCACACCUGCAAAACUCAUUGAAUCAACUGAGUCAUUACUGAGCAUUCACACCUGCAAAACUCAUUGAAUCAACUGAGUCAUUACUGAGCAUUCACACCUGCAAAACUCAUUGAAACAACUGGGUCAUUACUGAGCAUUCACACCUGCAAAACUCAUUGAAUCAACUGAGUCAUUACUGAGCAUUCACACCUGCAAAACUCAUUGAAUCAACUGGGUCAUUACUGAGCAUUCACACCUGCAAAACUCAUUGAAUCAACUGAGUCAUUACUGAGCAUUCACACCUGCAAAACUCAUUGAAUCAACUGGGUCAUUACUGAGCAUUUACACCUGCAAAACUCAUUGAAUCAACUGAGUCAUUACUGAGCAUUCACACCUGCAAAACUCAUUGAAUCAACUGAGUCAUUACUGAGCAUUCACACCUGCAAAACUCAUUGACACAACUGGGUCAUUAGUGUAUCAGUCCAAGAGUGAUGUUAAUAUAUAUUGUUAAUAUAUAUUUCAUUAUGUUUUUUUUUUUUUUUUUUUUAAUAAUUGCACACAUUCUUCUGUAGGAAUGUGUAAGCACUGAACGUGCUUGGACUAAAGGCUUGACCUCCUCAAAUGUAUACACUGCCCCCGCAGGUGGGGAUGAUGUAAUUUAAUAGAGAUCAAGCUUUAAGUGAUGUCUUACUUCUGUCUGCACCUAAGCUUUGCAGCUGAUGUGAUGUUCCAAUGCAAAGCCCUUCCCCCGCCCUCAAGCUGGUGCGCUUUGCCUCAGGAUUCUCAACUGUGCAAUAGUGCAAAUUAUAACAUUUCCAAUUCUCAGCUCCACUAAUGUGAAAUCUAAAAUGACAGUAAUAUUUACAACAUAUACUGGUAAGAUAUGUCUUAUCGCACACUCUGUUGUAAAUUCAUUGUUCAUUUAUUUUUGUACUAGAUAUGCACCUUUAUUAUUUAUUUUUAUGCUUCAGCUAGAUGUAUUCUUUUUUUCAUAAAUGUAAAAUAAAACUGCUUACCUA